AUGGAAAAUGGGAAUAAUGUCACUGAAUUUAUUCUCUUGGGACUUUCACAGAAAAAGGAAGUCGAGGUUCUCUGCUUUUUGCUGUUCUUAGUUUUCUACAUUGCCAUUUUGUUUGGCAACUUACUUGUCAUGGUUUCUAUCGUGUGCAGUCAACUUUUUCAGCAGCCUAUGUAUUUCUUCUUGACCUAUCUCUCACUGUCAGACCUUUGUUAUACUUCUACAGUGACCCCCAAGUUAAUCAUUGACUUACUGGUAGAAAAGAAGACCAUUUCCUACAAUGGCUGCAUGACCCAGCUCUUUACCAUGCACUUUUUUGGGGGGAUUGAAAUCUUCAUUCUCACAGGAAUGGCCUAUGACCGCUACGUGGCCAUUUGCAAACCCCUGCACUACAUGGUCAUCAUGAGCAGACAAAAAUGUGAAGCCAUGCUCGCUGCUUCCUGCGUUGGAGGCUUCCUCCAUUCCUUUGGUCAAAUUCUCUUGGUCAUCUUUUUACCCUACUGUGGCCCCAAUGAAAUAGAUCACUACUUCUGUGAUCUUUACCCUUUACUGAAACUAGCCUGCACUGACACCAGUCGAAUUGGCCUCCUGGUCAUUGCCAAUUCAGGACUGGUGGGUCUGAUGACAUUUGUAGUCUUGUUAAUUUCUUACACUGUGAUCUUAUACACCAUCAGAUCUUACUCAGCUGAGAACCGCCGCAAAGCUCUUUCCACAUGCAGUUCCCACAUCACUGUAGUGGUUCUAUUUUUUGCUCCCUUGCUCUUUAUUUACAUUCGACCACCAUCUACAUUACCAGAAGACAAAGUGUUUGCUCUAUUUUACACCAUCAUUGCUCCCAUGCUUAACCCUCUGAUUUAUACGCUGAGAAACAUGGAGAUGAAGAAUGCUAUAAAGAAACUAUGGCACCAUAUUAUAGGAACAAAGGAAGUUAAUUGA